GUGAGAGGGAAGAGACGAGAGGGGUGGAGGGGAGUGCUGAGCAGAGGCUGGUGUCUGCGAGGCUCUUGCACACCCACACUGUGCCAGGCAUCAUGAUGGAAAGUCAAGCGAGCCAGGGGCAAAGCAAUCCGGAUUAAAGCUCACUGCGUAACAGACACUGGGCCAGCAAUGGAGUUGAGGAAGAGAAGGUGACGAGGGAACCUGGCUAAGCCCCAGUGAUCCUUCAAUCUCAGAUACCUACGGAAAACCCACGGGAGUGCAUCAUCUUGUACACGAAGAGGACUUCGAGAUGCUGUCAGUCAAAUUGCCCCAGCUCUUAAACAACCACCAAGUCCCCAGAGUCUCUCUCUGCUUUGUUCCCGGCCUGUUCCAGGUUUUCCGAGAGGAUGGAAUUAUCUCUGGCUAUCGUCACCCGAAGAGCUCUGCCCUGGACUGUAUUCUCAGCACAUUCCAACUGACCAACGAAACGCUCAACAUCUGGACCCACUUCCUGCCUACCUGGUAUUUCUUGUGGAAGUUCCUGGUGCUCUCGCACUCUGCAGAUUUCUACAACGAGCCCUACUCCUGGCCACUGUUUGUCUACUUGCUGUUCAUCUGCCUGUACCCUUUCAUCUCCAGCUGUGCCCAUACCUUCAGCACCAUGUCCGCCCACGUCCGGCACAUCUGUUACUUCUUUGACUAUGGCGCGUUGAGUCUCUACAGCUUGGGAUGUGCCGUCACAUACAGGGCCUAUGUCAUGCCUGACCGGUGGAUCAACAGCACCCUACAUUUCUACUUCGUCCACGUGGCUGUCUUGAACUCCAUGGUUUGCACGACCCUCUCUUGUUACUCCAGGUUCCUGGAGAUUGAGCAGCCUAAACUGAGCAAAACACUGCGGAUCACAGCCUUUAGCUACCCCUUUCUGUUUGACAACAUCCCCCUUUUCUAUAGGCUUUUGCUCUGCUGGGGCGAGGACUGCAGCCACAACGAUGCUGUCCCCACUCACUACCACCACCUGCUGUUUGCCUUCCUCACCUGCUUCCUGUUUGCCUCUCACCUCCCAGAACGGCUGGCUCCGGGCUGCUUCGACUAUAUCGGUCACAGCCACCAGCUGUUCCACAUCUGUGCUGUCGUGGGCACCCACUUCCAGCUGGAGGCCAUCGUCACGGACAUGUCAUGUCGCCACGCCUGGCUGUUGGCCAACACGCCUCUCCCAUCCCUCGGGGGGACCCUGGGAGUCAUGGCCGCCUCCGUCUUCCUGAACCUCCUGGUCAUUGGGAUCUUCAUCCUCCUCCUUUUCUGGUCGCCUUACUCAUCCCCCUUCCUCCAGAGCACCUUCCCCGACAGGGCCAAGCAGAAGAGAGAGUGAGACGGAGGCUCGAGUUUCUCCCUCCUCACCUCACCACCACCAAC